GACCACCAAAUCGCUAUUACCCAAGAAUAGAUUCGCCUGAGUACUCCACUCCUCGUUCUUCAUCGAGUUCACCUAGAACUCCGAGCACCACAUAUCCGAAUCACCGAAGAGAUCGUACUACUCCGGGUGCUGGGCAUACAAGCCCUUCGUUCCAUCCCGAUCUACCGCGUCCUCCAGCCCCUCCA